AAUCACCGCGUCGUGGAGUGUCGUCCGGAUGUGACAGCGCCAUUAGCAUCUGCAUCACCAUGGCGGCGACGGUGCUGCUCAACGAUGCGCUGUGGCCGAUGCUCAUGGCGUACCAGCACGGACUCCCGUGGUGCAUCGGUGAGCUUGAGCGGCUUAGCGCGACGAUCACGCUGGCGCCAGUGGCGGACCCCGGUGGGCCGCUCUGCUUGCACAACGUGCCGCCUCGGUUUCUCGCGACGCCGUACCUGCGGCGCAACGCGCCUCAGCGCCACGCGCCAUUGACGGCAGGAACGCUCUUUCUGUACGACAAAGAUGCCAUGGCGAGCCUCCCGCUGCACCUCUCGAUCCUUGAAGGUCAUUUGCGCCACAUCGUCCUCUGGGGCGUGCAUCGCCCGCACUGUUUCCAGCGAUCCACCAUCGAGCUCGCGGCCGCGUGCGGUCAUACCGACAUUGUGCAGCACCUUGCGACGCAGAUGACGCUACCCGUGACGACGAAAACGGUCGACUUGGCCGCUAUGAACGGCAACGAGGCGCUUCUGCGCUGGCUCUUCGACCUGCCAGCACGCCGCGGCGGGACGCGCUUGGCCCUCGAUGGCGCUGCCGCCCAUGGACACUUGGCCAUCGUGCAGUUGCUGGUCUCAAAAGGUCGCUACUACGGGUCGCGCAACGUUGUCGCUGCGGCUGUUCACAAUGGUCACAUCCAUAUCGCUCGGUUCCUCUUGGAGUCGGGCCGCUAUGCGUACAACUACUGCGCGAGGGCAUAUAUGCAAGACUACUACGGCGUACAGCAUGUCAACGUGCCGGGCACGGCCCAACUGGCAUGCAUCAAGCUGCUUUUGGCAACGUACCAUGCCGACGCCAUUGACGCUGUCGCGAUCGAAGGUGCGAUCCGCACCAGUGGCGUCGCGGCGCUCGUCUUUUGCUUUAAUGCCGGCGUCGUUGCGCUCACAAGUCGACUGAUCGAGUACAUUGCGAACCUCGGCGAUGUCGAUGCGAUGCGGUUUGCGUUGCAGCAGCUAUUGCAACUGCACCAGAAGCCGGCCCAUUGGCUCUCGGCCCCGUCCCGGUGGUGGGGUAGCGUCCGGCGUGCCAGUCUCACGCACACGUGGUCCCCCUCGGGAUGGAGUAUAUGUCGCGCCACAGACAUUGCUGCGGCUCGUGGGCACUUGGGCGUGCUCCAGCUCUUGCAUGCAGCAAGACUCGACUGCGGGACUUCCUCCGCGAUCGUCUACGCCGCCGCCAACGGUCAUCUCGCCACGGUCCAGUGGCUCUACGAGACGCUACGGGACUUGAACGUCGACGUUGCGCUUAGUUCGGCGGCUGCCUACGGCCAUAGUGACGUCGUCGAUGCCCUCCUCGGCAUGCAGCGCGAGAGCCAACGCAGGCUUCCACUCGAGUUUGCCUGGACGACAUGGUGUCUCGACCCCAUCGAGACGCGGGACGUUGCCAUCAUCGUCGCUCACGUUGAGCCACAAGUCGCAGCUGCCGCGACGGGCCAUGUCGAGAUUCUACAGCGUCUGCCGCCGCGCGUCUCGCCAGCGCACUUGGUCGAUGAAGCGUGCAAGCACGGCCAUCUCAACGUUGUCAAGGCGCUUUGGAGCGAAUGCGACGGGUCGUAUAGUCUCCCAACGCUCCUGAAGGCGCUCGCAGCGGGGCAUCUGCUGGUCGUCGAGUACCUCUUGCUUCAUGGAAAGCUGUGGUCGGCGAGCAAAUUCAGCGAUGACGCGGCAGCCGUCGAUGCCAUCUACACGGCCGCUGCGCACCAAGGCAACGUUGACGUGUAUGUUCGCAUAGCUGCGUGCCUCCCACACGGCGUGAGCCGACAAGCGAUAGGGACUUUGCUAUCGGACGUCAUUGAGCGCCGACACUGGCGCUUGCUGUCGCAUCUCCUCACCGACGCAACGCUGGUCGUAUCAAGCGAUGUGGUUGCGCUUGCCAGCGCCAGAGCACCCAAGACCCUUGUCGACGCGAUGCAAGCAAGAGCGGUGACGACAAGCGUCGCCGAAAUGUAGUGAUUCAUAAGAGUCGUUGCAGUCUAGAAGAACGCUCACGAACGCAACAGUUUGUUUGAAACGAGAAGGUU